UUCAAAAGCGUUCAAGCAAGAAGCAAAACCUGGYCACAUUCAACAGAAACAAGCCGUUAACUCAAACAACUCAAAACAUGGCGAGUUCUUCUCUUCAAGAAGAAGCAGCUCUAAUCAAACCCCAGAUCACCUAUGGUGACUUACAUCGAUAUCUAUACGCUAGGACCAGUGUUCGACCAAUCAGAAUUGAGGAUCUGAAGCGGAAAGUUAUGGAAUAUCAACAAGCUAACACCUUAGGUAGAGAGAAGAAUUCUCCCRAACACUCGCCCACUGGAUUACACACGGGUGCUCUUAGACUGAAUUCUCUUGACCCGAAACGUAUCCCGAAAUUGUCUCGCGCUCUCGAGUCUUUCCCGAAAGAGGUCCAGCUUUGUAUUUCCAGUCUUCCCGGAGCGGUUUACGGAGUCUGCGCCAARACACACAUUCCUAUUGGGACAUGGAUAGGUCCUUAUGAGGGCAGAAGAGUUAAGACUGGUCGUACUUGGUUUGGGAAAGAAAGCUCCUACAUGUGGGAGGUUUUUCACGAAGGAGAGCUUUCGUUUUAUCUGGAUGGAAGCGAYGAAGACUCAUCCAGUUGGAUGAGGUUCAUAAGCUGUGCUCGUAACAGCACAGAACAAAACCUGUACGCCUUCCAGUACUGUGGCAACAUUUACUACCGGGCUUUUAAAGAAAUACCCCCGGGUACAGAACUCCUGGUCUGGUACGAUGAAAUCUACCCGCACUUCAUGGGAAUCCCWUURGAGUAUAAAGACUUGGGAGACAUGGGAACAGAAGAAAUCAACGCAAAUAUCCCGACAGACGCAAGAGACGAUUCAAUGGCUUUUUCUGGAAUCCCGCAAAAMCCAAGUCCAUGUUUACCCGUCGAUAGUUCUUCUAGUAACAUUCAAAGCAAUCCACCUUCCGUGUUAACCGAGUUCAAYGAAGUUACYGCAAACAUUGAUGACGCAGUUGUCAUGAUAUCAAGCGAUGRUGAAGAAAUCAUGUCUUCUCUAAAGCGCCUGCGCGAGACAUCGUUGGAUCUCAUUCUUGAUUCCGAAACCAGGCCUAAAAAAAUACAAACUAUGAAUUCAGUUGAAGACGCAACAGUGCAAAAUAAUUGUAACGYUUCUCAARGAAAGGAAUUUUCUGGCGGCAAUGUURGUGUAGCGGAGGCRACGACARAAGAUCACAAUGAAGAAGAUCCAGGGUUGGGCGUGUUUCGCUGYGGUCAAUGCGACAAARUCUUCGCUCAGAAAUCUGUGCUGCAGAUUCACAUUUGCACACGCUCUCCUAAUAAGCCCUUUCAGUGCGGGUUUUGUGGGGUUGCAUUCGCGAAUCCCAAUGAUCUGCGUGUCCAUGCUAGUGGUCAUUGUAACGAGAAGCCUUUCAAGUGCGGGUAUUGCUUUCGAUCGUUUUCUGGCGCUACCACACUGAAUAAUCACAUUCGUACGCAUACUGGAGAAAAGCCAUUUAUCUGUGAAAAGUGUGGGAGAACCUACUCCCAGGGAUCGCAACUCAGUAAACAUCUUCGUCUUUCUAACUGUUACAAACAUGUUGAAGACAUAACAUCAAAAAUCAUGUGAUUGCAUACUGGAGAAAAGCUAAUGAUCUGAGAAAAGUGAACAAAAACAUUUUACUCUUUAAAAAAAACUUGUUCGUUCAGGCGCGGCUCUAUACAGAGGGCUUCUCAGUGUUAAGGUCAAGUCRUUACUCCAGCUUCAUAUUAGCAACAUUAACCAGUGUUUCACGUACCAUCUAUGCACCAUGAGUUCGUAAGGUUGCUGAUAACACACGCUAUAAUUUUAAGUUGUGACAAAUAUACACCGACAGGGCAGAAAAACGACUAGUCCCCUACUCACAAUUUUUUUAUUUAACUGAGUUUAA